ACCCCGCCUAUGUUCCCAUGCAAUCCCGCCUCGGAGAAUACACAUGAUUACUCCCACCACGUCCUUCCGUCACCGCGUCAUGUGGUGAAGCAAAGAGUAGGAGAGAAAACGAGGCGGAAAAGAAACAAGGACGAUUCUCUGUACGAGUAUCCCAAAACACGAAACCUCGAGAAACCAGGACGCUGCACAACAGCACGGCUCUUGUUUCCUUUCUUUCCGAGGCAACGUCUUGGAUCGUGGUGGUGCAUCCAUAACACAGGAUGGAUACACACGCAUACACACAUCCUAUCUUCUGUUUCUUCACCCAUAGGACGAUAUACCACCCAAUCGCAUACUCGUAUCACGCUCUCGUCCACCUUUCACCUCUCUCCCUCCCCCAGUCCUUGCUCUGUCUUGCAUCUCGUCAGCAUAUUGUUGGGGCCGACCUGCCGUGGCCAGUUCCUCUCUUCAUUUGCCAUCCACUGAUUGAAUGACUGUGCGUCAUCAACAACCCAAUCUGUUCACCCCAUCCCUGUUCCCCAUCGCAAGAUUUUUCGUCUCAUCAGGCAUGUCACUAUCGAUGCCUACAAAAAGAAAAGGAAAAUGAGAGAGAGAGAGAGAGAGAGAAGAAAAAAAACAGGGCGCUCUUUCGGAGUACUCGCUCCCGUGGCUAGGAUCAUUUACGAUCAAUUGUACCGAGGAUAUCCUUUUCUCUCUCGCUCUCUCCCGUGAAUAUCAUCUCGUAUCCGUCCAUGGACAGAGACCCCACCCGCUACAUUGUAACAUGGGUAUCUCCAGACCCAGCGAAGCUUUUUCCGAUGCCCCCCUCCUCCCCUCCCCCCUCAUCCGGCUCAACAGGCGUCAUAUCAGGAAAAAAGGUCAGGGCUCGUAUUCGUAUGCGUGUGAGCGAGAAUUGUGUAUGGGUGUGUGUCUAUGUUCGUGUUCGAGUGUGUAUGUAUGUGUGUGUCUUGCAUACAUUCACAACUUUGCUUCGUACAGCGGUGGCGUUACGCUGGCACCAACCAAUAUCCCCCAUCCCAUCCCAUCAUCAUCAAU